CUUGUAACCAAUAUGGAGAAAAUAAAGACAAAAAACUCACCUUCUCCCCCUUUGUGUGUCUGUAGCUGUUGGGAUUUAUGAGCAUUAAGUCAUAGUCACUCCUACUUGGCCUGAUGAGAUGAGUGGUGUCCCUUAGAUCGGCUGGGCGUGACAGCGAGAGCCGCAAUUUAUUUUGCGGCGAGCGAAACCUUCUUACAACACACUUGAAGGAGUUUUACGUGUUAUGGCAUGAGUCAUGGAUGAUAUACACUUGUCGUCACAGAGCGCUGACCUUUACUCUAGUGUGGCACUCUGGUAUGCCACUUCAGGUACAUGACAGAUGGAGUAAAAGUUUCUUUAAGUUUCUUUACAUCUGUUGAGAUUUUCUUCAAUUACAGGAUUCCCAGCUCUGUCUUACACUGUGGGGAGUGUGUUCUUUGGGUGGUAUGCCUGUCCUUUGCUCCUGGUUUAAGGGCCAAGAGGGUUGUUUAGCUCGCUGGGUGUUGGCUGUUUUGAGCGCUUAAGAAAACCACAACAAUGCUCCUCUUCAUGACAACAGAGCCCGCACUGAUGUCUCGACCGCUGCCUGUGAAUAUUAUCAGCCCACCCCGCGAGAAAACUGACAGGGCGACUUCAGAGUCGUGUACCCCUUUGAGAGUACGAAAGGGUGUGAUCUUCGAGAUUAGAAGUAGUGGAACCUGCACAUGUUAAGGUCAGGGUAUUGAUCACACUAUUUCUAGGGUGCACGGUAUUCAUUUUAAGUUGGGCGUGGUUUUCAGCGUGGGUUUAAAUGGAGGGCCAUGCCUCUCUCCUACUCAGUUGCACUCUUCCUCAGACAGCCGCUCACACACAGCUCUCCUUCUCUCUCAGGCUCUGCCUCCUUCCCUCCCUCUCCUUCACUGAGCUGGUUAUUCAUCCACUGUGUGAGUCAGGGAGGGUGGAGAUUUGGAAGACUCCUGUACCAGUCACACUUUGUCAGAUUACUUUUUCAUUCCCUUCCCUUCUUCCCUGGCUCUGCUGUUUUUCUGUUCGCUGCUGCUGCCGCCUGACCUGCCACCAGUAUUUAGAAGAGAUUUAUUUAUUUUAAGAAGAGGAUUUGCUUUGCUGCGAAAGAAAAGAAGUAACUUUUACUCCUUUCAGUUUUGUAAGAUAAUUGGAUCAAAACACCAGAGUAACCAUGCUUCAAGAGAUCAGGGAGAUUGGCACACAUGCUGUGGCGAUCUACGACUACCUCGUGGCUGGACUUGAUCCAAGAAUCAAGGGCUACUUCCUGAUGCAGAGUCCUAUUCCCAUGUCUUUGAUAUUGCUGUGCUACUUGUCCUUUGUACUGUACCUGGGCCCUCGCCUGAUGGCCAAUCGCAAGCCCUUCCAGCUGAAGGAAGCCAUGAUAGUCUACAACUUCUUUUUAGUGGCCCUUUCAAUAUACAUCGUCUACGAAUUCCUGAUGUCUGGUUGGGCAACGACAUAUACCUGGCGCUGCGAUGCAGUUGAUACCUCGGAUAGUCCACAGGCUCUACGUAUGGUCCAAGUGGCCUGGCUGUUCUGGUUUUCAAAGAUCAUAGAGCUCAUGGACACAAUCUUCUUUGUGCUGAGGAAAAAACAUGGCCAGAUCACCUUCUUGCAUAUCUUCCACCACUCCUUAAUGCCCUGGACCUGGUGGUGGGGAGUUGGCUACGCUCCUGGUGGAAUGGGUUCUUUCCAUGCUAUGGUGAACUGCUCUGUCCACAUCAUCAUGUACUUCUACUAUGGCCUUGCUGCUGCUGGACCACGCUUCCAGAAAUUCUUGUGGUGGAAGAAAUACAUGACUGCCAUUCAGCUGAUCCAGUUUGUCCUGGUGUCCAUCCAUGCCACUCAGUAUUACUUCAUGGACAGCUGUGACUACCAGUUCCCCAUCAUCCUCCACCUUAUCUGGAUGUAUGGAACCUUCUUCUUUGUGCUCUUCUCCAACUUCUGGGUCCAGGCUUACGUGAAGGGUAAGCGCUUGCCAAAGCAGGCCGCCAGCCAGUCGCAGAACGGCACAGCUGUGUACAAAAACGGAACAUGUCACGAGAACUGCAAACACCACGAGAACGGCAAACAUCAUGAGAACGGCAUCAAGUACGGCACCACCAACGGUUGUUCUCACCACGAGAACGGCAGCACUCACAUGGGAAAGAUGAAGAAGGCCUAGGAUCCUAAAAGGAAAUGUUCAAAAUGUAUGACCCACAACCUGUUAAAACUACUACAGAUUCCACAGAUAAUUUUGGCGUUCCUUUCCUGUUUUUAGUUUCAUAUACAAAAGACAGGAUUUCCACAGAUGGGGCCUCACAUUUGGUUUGUUUCAGUUAGGAAACAUCACUGGAUCACGAUGUAUGAAGAGAAGAUAGAUUUAAGUGUUCUUCUUCACUGAUGUUGCAGCAGAGUUCAAACUGCUGACCUUUCACCUCACCUGCCUUCACCAUAUUUACCCCACAGUCCUAUAUUGCCUUUUGCGCCCCCUGUGGACAGAUGACUGUACAGUUUUUAUCAAACUUGAAAAUACUUUUUUUGUAAAUAGUUUUACAUUAAAAAAACAACUAACUAAUUGUAAUGCUCGCUUAAGAGUUUCUAAAUUUUGUUACGUUGUUUAUUUAAAAUAAAACAAAAUGCCAAUAAAUUUCACUGUAAAUUAUCUCUGUAGAUGGUCUCUCCCUGCUCUCAUCUCUGGGUGUUUGAGUUGCUUGGCUGUUGACAUUGUGCUUUGUUUAAAAAAAGUAUUUGCAAUGCAUGCUUGUGCCUCUUGUCUUGGCAAUUCCAAGUAUGCAUAGCAAGUAGGAGUAAAAAACACACAGCCAUUCUUUGUUUAAAGGAUUAAACAUAAGAAGAAGAGAGAAAGUAUCCUGA